GUUUAUAGGCUGUUGUUGAAAGAAUUCAAGCCAAGAACUCAAGGUGAGAACCUGGAGGCAGAUUCAACCCUCUCUUCUUGGGCACCUAUACUCAGGAACAUUCUGGAUAAACUCCUCCCAGAGGUAUUUAAACCAGAGUCUGCUGUCCUUGCACAAAGCAAGUGUGUGUGUUCAGCAAACAACCAGUGAGGAGGGGUUAGCGUCACUCGCUCGAUGAGAGUGGACCGCAGGCAGGGCAACACACUGCCUCCAGUCCAGUAUCAGCCAUGGACAUGGAGAAGGUCAACUCCAUGGACUUCAGUGAAUUUGUGGAUGUGUUUGGGAACGUCGUUGAAAAAUGUCCUCUGAUCGCAGCUGCUGUCUGGUCUCAGCGUCCAUUCUCUGGCUUGGAAGACUUAGAAAAUCACUUUUUUGCUUUUAUUGAUGCUCUCCCAAGGUCAGGCCAGGAGGGUAUCCUGCGUUGCCACCCGGACCUAGCGGGCCGCGAUCUGCAGCAGGGCACGCUCACCGCUGAGUCACAGCGCGAGCAGAGCCAAGCGGGCCUCACCAGCCUAGACAUCGACGACCGGCUCCGGCUGCAGCGGCUCAACGCGCAGUACCGUGAGCGCUUCGGCUUCCCAUUCGUACUGGCAGCACGGCUGAGUGACCGUGCCACAGUGCCUCGGGAGCUAGCCCGCAGGCUGCACUGCCAGCCAGAGUCCGAGCUGUGCACCGCCCUGGGCGAAGUGAAGAAGAUCAGUCACCUGCGCCUGACAGAUUUGCUCGGUGCCCAUUCCGCCAGGGUGGGAUCACAGAGAGGCUGGGGAUCCGAACGCCAGCAGGAUGCUUCAGGGAGGGACACCCUGCGCCCCACGCUGGCUCAGGCCUGCAAAGACAAUCCAUACACCCACACAAAGGAAGUGGAGAAUUGAAGCAAUCACACGAGUAAUGCACCCUUUGUGCACCCAUCCACAGGAACACGCGUCGCCAAAAUAUGUCAGAUUCUAGACGGUUAGCGCUUUGCCCAUUUAUCCAGAUCGUUGCUUCAAUUCCCCACUCCGUGCCCUGCCUGCACUAUAGCCUUGGAAGAUUCCAAAGCUCCCACCAGGCUACUCUUUUCUUCUUAGUGAGAGAGAGGUGGGGGCUUUUGGUCCAGAGUGGUGUUUCAUCUCCACUGCAUUUGAUUCACCUGGUAUUUACAAGUGAGCGGAAGCGACUUUCUUACUCUGAGAAGCCGAUGAAAAAGUGUGUGUGUGUGUCCAAGUUGGAAGGAUUUGAUGGUCAAAAGCCGGUGUCACCCUUGUCCCUCCAUAUGGUCAUCCCUUGCUGGUGACCUGGAGUGCCCUGACAAGCUAUGUAAUGUUAAAAUAGCAAUAUUCAUUGGACAGCCCUGGGUGUUGUGGUGCUGAUAAUAUGGGGUUAUACCUAUACAAAUCUUUCCAAUAGAACAAGACUUGGGAGCUUGUGAACCUGA